AUGCUUGUAUCUCUUACCGUCGGCAAGGUCGACGCUGGCGUCACCGUCCUGUUGACGCCGGACAAGCGCCUAAUCGAGUUCCCAUCCAUUCUCCUCCCCCCUGACAUCUCAUCGGGCAGUAUCGUCGACAUCAAUGUCUCCCAGAAUAUUGCCAAGGAGGCAACCGCCCAGCAAAGCUUCCGCGCGCUCCAGGACCAGAUCUACGACUCCUUCGGCGCCCAAGAGCCCGCCACGCCCGUCCUCAGCUGCCGCAAUGCCACACAAACCUCUGUCGUCCUCGAGUGGGACCCCAUCCAGCUAGCCACCGCCGACCUGAUCUCCCUGAGCCUGUAUCGCAAUGGCCAGAAAGCUGGAAACAUCCCGCGCCCGCUGGAGAUGCACAGCACCAAGAUCAGCGGUUUGGCGGUCGACACCGAGUACACUUUCCACUUGGUCCUGAGGACGACCGCGGGAACUUUCGGCAGCGAGAGAGUAACGGUGCGAACACACAAAAUGACAGACCUGAGCGGUGUCACAAUCACAACUGGCAUCCUGCCGCCUGCCACCAGAGAGAGGCUUGGCCAAGCUGUGAAUAGGAUUGGGGCCAAGAUUGUGGACGGCGUACGGAUCGACACGACUCACUUUGUAACGACAGAGGGCCGAGGCCAGGCCUGGGAAAAGGCCGUCGAGACGAACAUUCCUGUUGUCCGACCGGAAUGGGUCGAGGCCUGCGAGAAGAACGGCCGGAUCCUGGGAGUGACCAAGUUCUACCUGGAUGCAAUGAGGCCCGGCCCCCCAGUGGACGACUCACCCUCAGCUCCGGGAACACCGGCGCAACAGCCGCUCCCCCGGGAUAGCACGGCGCCGGGCAACGGCGCGCGGCCAGAGGCAAGCCAGGGACACGCGGAGGAAGAGGAGAAGCCCCUGCCCCCGACGAAGGACGACGAAGAUGAUGAGGCAACGGGCGCACCGGCCGAGGAGGACGAGCAGGAGCCAAAGUCCCUGCCCGAAGAAGAGCAAAAGGCUCUGGCCGCGAGGGACCAGGACGAGCAGAAGGUGCGGCUUGAAGAGAUGGAGGGACACAAGGUUGCUCUGCGCCCCAAGAAGGAUGACAGCAACGAUGAAGAGGAGGGCGAGGCCAGCAACGCCGGGGACCAAGCGAUAAAGUCGCCCACCCCCGACGGCGCUUCAUUCCAGGACGUUGCUCUGUAA